AUGAACGGCGAUGCCCUGUGCCAGGAGCCCUCCUCCCCGCUCCCCGACUGGAGGGAGUUCUGCGAGCUGCACGCCCAGGCAGCUGCCGUCGACUUCGCCCAGAAGUUCUGCCAGUUCCUGAAGGAGAACCCCCACUACGACACCCCCGGGGCAGAGACCUCCUUCUCCCACCAUUUCGCCGCCAAUUUCCUGGACAUCUUCAGCCUGGAGGUCAGCCGGGUGUUCGUGUCCGACUCCCCCACCAAGUACAACAUUGUGCCCUUCGUGGGGCUGCAGAACUGCCACGUCCCCUACGGGCGUGAGGUCACCCCGAGGAAGGAGGAGACGUCCACCGAGUCUCUGGACAGCAUGGACACCCCGUUGGGUGCCGGACGGUACCUGAGCCCAUCGCAGCAGGCGCAGGCACGCAAGGUGUCCUCCUACGGCCAGUCCCGCAGCUCGGAGGACGUCUCCAUCCACUCUGCCGCCAAGCCCAAGUUCAAGAAAGGCUUCUCCUUGAGGAACAUGAGCUUGUGUGUGGUGGACGGUAUGAAGGAGAUGUGGCAUCGCAAGUCCUCUCCGGAGCCGGGCACCGAGGCUGCCCCGGCUGGCCGGAGAGCCGAGAGGGAGCCGUGCCCGGCGGGGGGCAAGGAGCCCGGCGACCCGCGGGAGAAAUGGACCCACAAGCUGCGCCUGUCCAAGGUGCCCUCCUCCAAGGUGGAGCUGGUGGACAUCCAGAGGGAGGGGACGCUGCGCUACAUGGUGGCCGACGACACGAACUGUGUGGGGAGCUCGCAGUGGCAGAAGUGCCGCCUCCUGCUCCGGAAAGCAGUGAAGGUGGAAGGAGAGAGGUUCCUCCUCGAGUUUUAUGUCCCGCCAAAGGCUUCCAAACCCAAGGUGAGCAUCCCGCUGUCGGCCAUCAUCGAGGUCCGCACCACCAUGCCGUUGGAGAUGCCCGACAAAGACAACACCUUCGUCCUAAAGGUGGAGAACGGGGCUGAAUACAUCCUGGAGACCAUCGACUCCCUGCAGAAGCACUCCUGGGUGGCGGAUAUCCAGGACUGCAUCGACCCCGGGGACAGCGGGGACGACAUCGAGCUGGCGUCCUGUGCGCAGGGAGCCUGUCUGCCGGGCAGGGUGUCCUCCUGCAGCUGCGAGUUCCUGGCUGACGAUGUGCCCAGGCCACCAGACAGAUGUGCCCUGCCCGGCGCUCAAAGCACCACCAUGGCCACUGCCAUCCCCGCACCCCACAGCCGGGGCAGGGACUCUCUGGGGGAGCUCCUCACCCACGUCCCGCUGGAGAGCUUCCUGCAGACGCUGGAGUCCUCCCCCCCCGCCGGGCAUCUCUCAGGCGAGGACAGCGAGGCGGAGGCAGAGAUCAACCUUUCCGAUUUCCCCUGGUUCCAUGGGACACUCUCGCGGAUCAAGGCGGCUCAGCUAGUGCUCUUCGGGGGUGCCCGGAGCCAUGGCUUAUUCGUCAUUCGGCAGAGUGAAACACGGCCGGGGGAGUAUGUGCUGACCUUCAACUUCCAGGGGAAAGCAAAGCACCUCCGCCUGUCGCUGAAUGAGAGCGGGCAGUGCCACGUGCAGCACCUCUGGUUCCAGACCAUCUUCGACAUGCUGCGCCACUUCCACACGCACCCCAUCCCCCUCGAGUCGGGCGGCGCGGCCGACAUCACCCUCCGCAGCUACGUCGUGGCCCAGAGCCCGCUGCCCGACGCCGGCCCCCCGCCAGCCCUCGUGUCACAGCCGCCGGGCUGCCGGGUCGACCUGCCACCCCCGCACUACUUCUGCAGCACAGCACCCGCCGGCCCACCGGCCCCGCCACCUGCUGAGGGGGUGGCCAUGGGCCCCGCUGUCACCAACCCUGCACCCUACCACCGUCUGGAGGGUGCCCUGGGCCCCCGGAGCCGCAGCGACAGCACUGAGCACCGGCCGGAGCCCCCCGCCGCCAGUGCCGAGGACUACCACGAGGCUGAUGGUGCCCGGAGCCGGACCCGGGCGGUGGAAAACCAAUACUCCUUCUACUGAGCCCCCCCAUGCCCAGGGGCUGGAUGGCAGGGGGAUGCGGGGCACCCCUGCC